CAAGAUUUAUCUAUUGGUAGAUUGAAUUUACGUAGUUAAAUGGAUCUCUUUUAAAACUCAAUAAAUAUUUACAAAGGUUGUUUGUAAAAGCAGCCAUAAAUUGUAUUUAAAUGCUGGAUUGGGUGCACCGUCACUCAUACCAAAGCAUUAUUGCGUUUAAUGAUAGCAGCAGCGGCAGCAAGCUGAUUCAUAUUUAAGGACCCCACUGGUUAGCUCAACGAAAAUAAUUGAAAUAGUAUAGUUGGAGCAGAUCUAUUUCUUUCAAGGUACCAUCGAUAGCUAAGCAUCAUGUAUCAGAGCGCCUGCAAUGUCGCUACGACUGGCUCGUGUACGCCUGGUACUGAAAAUGAUCGCGAGACAGAGCGUCAAGCUGCGCUUAUGUCCCAACAGCCGCCGACAGCACCAGUUGAGCCCGAUUACAGUGGAUUCGAUAUUGUCAAAGCAACACAGUAUGGCGCUAUAGCGCGCGUACGUGAGCUUAUCGAGUCUGGUUGGGAUGUUAAUCAGCCCGAUAGCGAAACUGUAACAUUGCUACAUUGGGCAGCUAUCAAUAAUAGGCGUGAUAUAAUACGAUAUUUUCUGGAAAAGGGCGCUACUGUUGAUGCAAUAGGUGGUGAAUUGAAUGCUACACCCUUACAUUGGGCCACACGGCAAGGACAUCUUGCAUCUGUAGUGCUGCUUAUGAAUGCUGGCGCUGACCCGCGAAUACGAGAUGCCGAGGGAUGCUCCUGUAUACAUAUUGCAGCGCAAUUCGCACACACAGCGCUGGUAGCAUACUUCAUAGCAAAAGGUGUGGAUCCAGAUUUACAGGAUCGUGGUGGAAUGACCGCCCUUAUGUGGGCCGCAUGGAAAGUCUGCGCAUUAGAUCCCGUACGUUUAUUGCUCACACUUGGCGCAAAUCCCGCCAUGGUUGAUUACACACACGGCAACACAGCAUUACAUUGGGCAAUACUUGCACGUAACGCUACUGCCAUCUCGACACUGGUCCUCAAAUCACGCGCCUCUCUCGACGUUCCUAACCUGCGCGGCGAAACGCCUCUAACGAUGCUAGAAACUCAGGCUGGAGCCAUAUGGAUCGGAGCCAAAGUAUUAGAUCGCGUACGUGAAGCUUCACACAAAUCACAACCGCAACGUUCAUUGAUAUCACGACUGCGACAUGAUAAACGUCUACGUUGGUGGGCAAUGGUAGCAUGCCCCUUCACCGCUUUUUAUUUGGCCGGUGUAGUUUUUACUCUGAACACUAUAUAUAUUAUUAAAUUCUUCCUACUUGGCUGCCUGUACGCCAUCUUCCAUACGCUCGGCAAAGCGUUAUUCGAUGACCAUUUACUGGCGCUAUUGCCACUAAGUGUAUAUCUGGCGACGAAGGCCUGGUUCUAUGUAACAUGGAUAGUAUAUAUUGUGGAUGCGGUGUCGUUUGCCGAAACAUUGGUUUUUCUAGCCUGUUCUGCAGCACUUUGGUUGUGCUUCAUUAAGUCGUGGAAGGGAGAUCCAGGAAUCAUACGACCAACGCAAGAGCAACGAUUUAAAACGAUUGUCGAAUUAUCGGAACGUGGCGGCAUCGGUUUCGAACCUUCGUCCUUCUGCUCCGGCUGUUUGGUGCGUCGGCCCAUACGUUCGAAACAUUGCAGUGUUUGUGAUCGGUGUGUAGCACGCUUCGAUCAUCAUUGCCCCUGGGUGGGCAAUUGUAUCGGUCUCAAGAAUCACGCAUACUUCAUGGGUUUUCUAUGGAUGCUACUCAUCAUGUGCAGUUGGAUGUUAUACGGUGGCGCCUGUUAUUACAUCUAUCAGUGUAAUGUGCAUUUUACUUUCAUGCCGUUGACGGAUUUUGAAAAAGCAAUCAGUGACAUAGCUAAUUGCAAUGCCUGGGUUGGUUGGGUGAUGGCCAAUGCAAUGCUACAUCUCUCCUGGGUUGUACUACUAACAAUUUGUCAGACAUAUCAAGUUGUAUGCUUAGGGAUGACCACUAAUGAGCGCAUGAAUCGUGGACGAUAUCGACAUUUUCAAGCGAAAGAUGGACAAAGUCCUUUCACACGUGGCCCAUUCAACAAUUUAGUCGAUUUCUUGGAGUGCACUUUUUUUGGUAUGAUGAAACCGCGACGCAUCGAUUGGAUGAACUACUACGACAUGGAUAUGCAGAUAGGACGUACAACGGUGGAGCAAGAGCCUUUGUUGAGAGGCAAUGCCGAUGGCGAAGGCGGUGGCACGGAGUUGGCGCACUAUCAGUAUGUGUAGGAUAAGUCGAAUCGGGAUGCGGAGACGCGCAAUGCACCCAUAGCAAAUGUGUAGGCAGAAAAGCAGACAUAGCAGGGCCGCAAAGGUAUACAAUCAAGGGCAUAUUUUUCCAAGUGCAUUAUUCAAAACAAAACAUAGUAGGUGGUAUUUACGGAAGAAGUGAUUAGAGGUAGUGGGGUUUGUAAGGUAUGUACGCUGUAGAAUGGUGUUGAUCGAGGUUUUCCGGAAUUUGAUAUAAUGGGUACUAAUAAAUGGGAACGAAUGAAUUCUUGUAAUAGCCUAUAACAUUCUCCAACAAUUUUCUGCAAUGGCAAUACUAAUUGGCAAAUUAAUUUGGAUUCAAUUGUAACAACACCAGAACAGCGCCAUUUUAAAACUUUGCACGUUUGACAGUUGUACAGAGUUUUUAACUGCCUACAAGGAGACACUAUCUGUGUUUAGAUAAAGGGAAUAUAGUAAGCGAGAAAGAGCAUUUGCUAUACGCAUUAGAAUUUUACUGUAUUAUAUGUAAACCUAAUUAUUUUAAUUCAUAAGGUGAAGCUUAAGUGAAAAUAGGUGAACAAAGCUAAAAUUAAUUUUAUUUUAAUGUGCAUCGUGUUUAGUAAUAAUUAAUUUACCAUAACUAUAGUUGUUAUUAGUAUAUACGCUAUUGAUUUAAAUAGAUUGCUAAUCCGAGAAGUUUUAGAUAACAAUCUAUCGCAGCCCAAAAUUGGUUAUUUGUACGCAAAAUACACGUAUAGGUUAGCAUACCAGUAGGCUUUGCUAGUUUAGGUUAGAGUGGUUUAUUACUUCAGACAUACAAAUGUGUUCUCCUGUAUUCUCGUUUGAAAUAUUUAGCAAACACUUAAAGUUACGUCGAGAACAAAAGCAAAUUCGCAUAAAUAUUUAUGCAUGGAAAAAUGUAGUGCAUUUGCUGAUUGGGUAGCCGUAUGUGUGUGGUCAACGUAAACCGAUUCAUGUUAGUAUGAAGAUAUCGUGCAUUGUAGGAAGAAUGCAUUGGAAAUUACAUAAGAAACAUAGUGAACAAUUUGUUAUAAAAAUAUGUAUUUUUUUCUAAAACUUCUUGGUGUCAUA